AUGGUCAAGCUUGGGCUGCAGUACCAAACGAUCCAGGCCCUUACAAAGCCGGCGGCAGUCCAGGCGGCCAGGAAGGGGCUGCUGCUGGUGGGGGUGCUGGGGGCCAAGAACCUGGCGAGCUCCAAGGGCAACAACGCGACGUCUUUUGUGAAGCUCAAGCUGGGCAAGCAGGAGGGCAAGACCCCCCUGGUGUACCGCACCCGCGACCCGCGGUGGACCUACGACAACAAGUUCACGUUCUAUGACGUCACCCUGGCGGACGAUCUGGUGGUGACUGUCAUGGAGCCGGGCCUCAUAAAUGACGAGCUGGGGACCCUCACCAUCAAGCUGCCAGACGUGUUGGACUCGACCAUGGUGUCGCGGUGGACUGGGCAGGAGCAGGCGGGCUACCUCCACAAGACACUGCCCCUGGGGGACGGCGACGGCGGCAUGCUCGAGAUCGAGGUCGAAUUCCUGCCGUGA